AUGGCCUCUGCAAAGUCCUGCUGUUUCCAAGAGGAUGCGGCGUGCGUAAUAAUAGAUGAGGGGGUCGUCCGAAGGCUCGCUCCAACGGAAGCCGAUGCCUGCACGGAGGCAUCUAUUCGGGAAUCAUGCGAGUUGGACGACUUGGUGUUAUUUUUAGGUCGUGCUCUACUCCUUACGAGGCGGAAUCUCUAUGUGCUAUUGUGCGUACCUACCGAAUGCUACCCCACUUCAUCCCCUUCGCUUCUCAACGAACCGCCUUAUGUCGGUUCUGGCCGUCGAAUUGAAGAUGCAGCCACCGUCGUUUCAUGCGGAAGCCAAGCAUGGCAUCUUACUGUGUGUCUUAACACCAGGGUGGGGAUUUUGGCUCGUCGGCUUGAGCUCACCUCAGUCCCAAUUAUAAUUCCGUGGGUUUGUGAAAACUCUCACGGACACGAGCCUGCAGGCGAGUCAACUCCAGCAUGCAAGCACUGGGCACAGCGAGCCAGGGCAGCUGUGUUGCAUCACUACCGACUGACUGUUGGAGUUAAUGCCUUCUGGCAGUGUGUUGAUGAAGCUGAGCUUGCUAAUGCAGUUCCACUUGUAUUGGAUACUGUCUCAUCUUUCUGCAGCCGCGAAGCCUGCGCCCUCUGGCCGAGACAUUGCCACCUAAGGCCGUUGCACAGUAGUAUCGAAGCUUGUCCCUCGAAGCAUGAAUUUCUCCUGGGAGUGGAGGGUCAGGGCAUCUCUAAGAUUCAACAGUCAUCACCUGCACAGCCAAAAUACCUUUGCAGAGAGACGACUUGCGGGGCUUCGAAAGAGUUCAUGCCGGCUGCCAGACAGGGAGACACAGCAAAAGCCGAUGAAGAAGUGUCGGCAGAAGCACCGUUCGGCUAUGCGCUCGUUGCUGGAACAUUUGAUCGACUGCAUGCUGGUCACCAGCUGCUGUUGGCCGCUGCAGUACUUUCGGCACGACGGCAAAUUGGCCUCGCGGUUGCCUCCGGCCCUCUGGUCAAGAAGAAAAAAGUUUCUGAGAACGAUGUUGCUGCAGCUGGCAUAGAGCCUUUCGCGUGCCGCCUCCAAGCCUCUGCUGCCUUUGUGCAACUGCUGGCAGCAUCGAAGGGGAAGGCGGUACACUUAACAGGCUUCAGAGAAGCAUUAGAGGAAGAAGAGAGAAGCAUGUUGGACGAUCUGCAGCUCCAGUCCUCCCUGGCAGGUAGGCCGGAGCGAUUUAGUUGCGGUUCUACGUCAGCGACGGGAGCUUUUGCUAGUACAGCGCCAGAAGAAGUGGACGGUAGCAUGCAGCUGCAGAUCUUCCGCAUAACUGAUCCGGUUGGCCCUGCUGACCGGCUAGCAUUUGACUGUCUAGUGGUUUCAGCCGAAACAGUGAAGGGAGCCAACAUGGUUAACAAAUCUCGCGUUGAGGCAGGGAACGAGCCAGUGUUCGUGCUUUCUGUGGAACUCGUGCCAACCGAUGGGUGGGUGCCUCGCCACUCCAUCGAGGCGCUUGCGAGGCACUUGCCUUUCCAUCUUUUCACGGAAGCAGAUCAAUUCGAAGGGAGAUCCGACUUUUCUAGGCCAACAGUAUAUGAAACCCUGCCGGAAUCUUUAAUGCAAUCUAGAGCGAAUGCCGCGACGAAAGAGGAGGAGCCUGCUGGUGUCGCACGGAAGUAUCGGAACAGCAAAGCUGAAUCACUGGAUACCUCAUGGAACAAACUAAGUUCAACGACUCUGCGCCAGCAGCAACUGAGGCGGCUGUGUUAUUGGUCCAUUGCAGAGCUCCGCAACCGAUUUGAAGAAGCUUGGUUUUGGCUCGCACGAAGCAAAGGCGAGGGGGAAAUUGCUGAACGGCUGUCCAGUGCCACCAUGUGGAACAUACUGUGCGCUGAACACGCAGUCCCUUGGAGAAGGUUGCACACUUUUGAUCGCCUGGCACGUGCCCUAAAGCGACUGGAGUCCUGGAAUAUCUCUGUGAAAAGAGAACCAAUUGUGCUAAGUCUGUUUCUGGGUUCGAUGCUGGCGUGCCCUUGCAAGUAUGUCACACUGACAACACGCGCUUGCGAGGCGUCUGACCCGAGAGGGCUGGGAAGAGCCGACAGUGCUACUUUGUGCACCUGUUUAAGUUGGAGUCCUGAGGCUGAAGAUGCUGCAUGGCAGAGAUGUGCAAUCGAGCUCUUAACAAAACUCCAGUGUACGUGGGGAGGUAGGCCGAGCGCGAAUGUAGAGAACUGUCAACAGGCUACUGGGAAGGUGUCAGCAUCACCCGCAACUGCUUCUUUUGAUACCUUACUGGAAGGGCAUUUCUCUCUACUAAUGGAUCUGCUCUGGGAACAGCGCACUGCCACUUUGGCCAGACUAGCCCCAACUGUCCGACCCGUCAGCGCGUCACGGAGACGGCAUGCUGCAGUGCGGGAUGAUGGUGUGGCAACGUUCAGGCGUCUCGCACGCAGGCUUGAGCAGUUGGAAUUCACUGAUAUAUCGAUGGAUGAAACGACGCGAUUGCAGAGACUACGACAAGAGUAUUUUUUUGUCACCGACGACUGUUUUAACAGCUACCGAGUCGAGCAGCUGGCACAGUUGCUGGAAAGUGAAAGUAGUCUCGACUGCCUAAGUCAUGACGAGCUCUCCCAUGCUCGAGAGAAAGUUGAGUGUGAGCUGAACAUAUUGGCGAGUCAAAGUUUACGCGAUGAACAAACUCCUCUUUCUCCCUGA